AUGCACGCUUCUCUAACGUUGUCUGCGCUCGUUUCCGCUGCCGUUUUCAUUUCAGGUGUUUCUGCAGCUCCACCAGCUUGUCUUUUGGCCUGCGUUGCUCAGGUUACGAAGGGCUCUUCUCAGUGCAGCUCCAUGAACCAGAUCGGUUGCAUCUGUCAGUCCGAAAGCAGUGAUUUAGAACAAUGUCUGCAAUCGACCUGCCCCAACGGUGAUGCUGACAGUGCUUACGAGUCGUUCACUUCUUCUUGCAAGGAGCAGAACGCCUCUGUGAGCUCAUUGUCAUCGUCUGCUUCCUCGAGCUCUUCCUCUGCUUCCUCAAGCUCUUCCUCUGCUUCUUCUAGCUCUUCUUCCUUCUCUUCGUCCUCCUCCUCCUCGAGUUCGGCAUCCCCAUCUUCCUCCUCUUCUUCGGAAUCUUCCAUCGACCCACCUUCUUCUUCAACUUCGUCUUCUACGUCCUUCUCCUCCUCUUCUCCUACUUAUUUCACAUCCUCUUCUUCUUCUCAAACAACUUUGAAAACUUCUUCCUCCAUUGCUCAAUCCUCCUCCUCUUCUUCCUUUUCGCAAAUUUCGAUUAUUUCUCAAAGCGAGGGUGGAGCCAACGCUUUGGACGUUGGCACUGGUAUUGUCGGUGGUCUAGUCGCAGCGGUUGGUUUGCUACUCUAA